ACAGGAUUCUAGGGAUUCCUCACCAAUUCACAAUCUGGCCAACACAAAGAAACAACACCUCAACCACUACCAACACCAUCGGUCCACAAACAACUCUUCAACGGCGGUGGACAAUGAAACCGUUGCGCUGCUAGAGACGCGCAACCAAGUCAACAUACAGGCGCAGCUGCAUACGCAGGCCAACAGUCAGAGCCACAGUGGCAAGGAUGUCAGCGUUGGUGGCAACGGCAUUGGCAUCAGUAUCGGCGGCAGUGGUGUUGGCACCGCCAUCAGUCGCGCACAACAGAAACACAGCGGCCAAGCGAGGCGUGCAAAUGGUGGUGGACCACCAGCGCCCACAUCGCUUCCGUUGGCGAGCGCACACAAUGCCACGCUGCUCAAUGAAAUGGCCGCCAGCGGGUGUGGUGCGGGAGGCGUUGGUCUAUCAACUAGUGCAGAGCAAACAUCGGUGCCGGUGAAUGGAUUUGAAAGCGAAGGUGGAUUGGUGAAUUCGCUUAGUGGCACGCUGCCGCCGCGCAGGCGUAUUGAGAACUUUCUGAAGUCUCUAGUGGGACGUAAGUCAUCGAGCGCACGUACUAGCAGCAAUUCGGGUAAUAGCGGCAAUGCGGACGCUUUAUCAGUAGCAACAUUGGCGAGUCGAUCAGACAACAUCGUCUCACAUCAACCAAUGCCAGCCUCUCCGGAAAUAACUAUUACGGGUACGCCAUCAGAGCAAAAUUUGGCGCUUUUGCGUGAUGCCGCGCUGGCUGGACGUCAAUAUAAGCAAGCGUUUGCAGCAGCAUUGGAGCAGCGUAAAAGUGAUUAUAGUGGCGAAAAGUUGAACGUAAACGGCGCGAUACAGGGUAGCAGUUCAUCGCUAAAUGUUGUGCAACAAAAGCUGUGGAACAUGAUGCGGCGCGAAGGCAGCGCGGCCAGCUUGUACAACGAGAAGUCACAUUCGAUAGUGCAGUACCGUGGCUUGCGCAAGUGUGAGACUGUUUUGGCGCUGACGCGUCAAACUAAUUCGUUGUGUUCGCCCGUUUUCGGUGGCAGUGCAGCAGCGCAUCUGGGUGCGGGCGGAAAACACGGCAGUGGCGGCGGCGUUGCUCGACACAACAGCUGUAGCGCUGGUGGCGGUGCGAACGCCGGCAGCAGUGGUAUGCGACGUACACACACCACGGGGAGUGGCAUAUACAGCGCAAGCGGCGUCGAGCAAAUACGACCAUUGAAUCGUCUGCGCAACAGCGUUACGAGCAUCAGUGCUGCAGCGACAUGUUCGCGUUGCUCUAGUCUACUCUCCUUAGCCGCUUCCAGUUCGCGUUAUUCGCUGAAUGUUACAUCGAAUGGUAGCGGAGGAGCGUUCAUGCAAGCGCCUCCCUCCACCCAAAUGCCCACAUCUGCAUCACAGCAGCAGCUGCAAGCGCUCGCAGCAUCACUCGAUUGCAAGCCACCAAUACACUCAUCACAACAACAUCAACAGCAGCGCGAACGUAAAAUUAGUAAUGUAAGCAGUAGUCAGUUAAAUAGUAAUAGUAAUGUAUUAGCUAGUAAUCGCAAUGCUGAUGCAAACGCCGCGGAACAAUGUGCCAGCGGCGGUGGCAGCAGUAGUGGUAAUUGUUCCCGAAAGAGCUCCGCUGGCGCGCCAAGCACGCAUAGCGCGAGCAGCAUCACACCGCCGUCCAAUAUAACCACGGCUACGCUCACAUCAAGCAUCACAUCGCCGCACGCCAGCACACCCACCACACCUACAGCAACAGCAACAGCAGCAGCAGCAGCAGCAGCGACCACAGCAACAGCUGCAGCAAUCGUCGUCGCACCAGAAUCACUAGUAGUCACACCCACCGCCAACUCACCGCACGCGCAGACAACAAUGUCCUCAUACGCCAGCACUAGCAACAGCAACACCUCAGGCAUACUCGUCGAUCUGCCGUCAUCGCCAACAUCCGCUGCCUCCUCGGCGAGUACACCGUGCACCUCUAGCUCCUGCUCAUCGGCCACUACGCCCGCGCCUACCUAUGCGUUGCCAACAACAUCGCAAACAUAUCCCUUUACCAUUACAUCACUGCUGGCAAUGUCAAAGGCGAACAUGGCGCACGAUGUCGGACGUUGUGUCGACGGAUUUGGUGAGGAAGAUGAUGAUAAUGCUAUGACGAUAACAAUGUCGUCGUCGGCUGUUAACGGCGUGCCGGCUGCUGAUAUGUCUGUGUCUGUCGUGGAUGGCAGGCAUUAUGCGCCGUACGCAACAACACCAGCGCCAGCGAUACAACCGAUGAAGCGUUUUCAGCCGUUUACUUGCAAGCUGUGUCUAAUUGAUGUGGAAACGCAGGGAGAGGCGACAGCGCUGCAGUUGUGCGGUUGUGAAUUUUGCACUGAGUGCAUGAAGGCCUAUGUGGAUUUUGAAAUAACCGAAGGCGCCUACGAGAUCUCGUGUCCCGAUGCCCAAUGCCCGGCGCAAGGCAUUAUGACACUACCCGAAAUCGCCAACCUAACGACGACCAACUUGAUGAAGAAGCACCAUCGAUAUCGACUCAACAAAGAAAUCGAAAUGGAUAAGACGCGCACCUGGUGUCCGCGCGCUGGCUGCGAAACCGUUUGUCACGUCGGCGUUGGUCCACAUUCCGAUGCCACACCAUCGACCUCGACAGGUGCUGGUGGUGGUGGUGGCGGCCCUCCGGGCGCUGCUUUCACUGACACGCAUGGCACGCACGCACAGCCACUCUGCGCCGUCCAGUGUCCGUCGUGUAAGGAUGAAUUCUGCUCGUCCUGCAAGAAAGCGUGGCAUCCAAAUCUGACUUGUGAGGAGAAUAGUCGUCGUUUGGUGGCGGACGGUCAGGAUGACAUUGGUAUACCCUUCGACAACGACCUCAUCAAAUGCUGUCCCAUGUGUGCUGUGCCCAUCGAAAAGGAUGAGGGUUGUGCGCAGAUGAUGUGCAAACGUUGCAAGCACGUCUUCUGCUGGUACUGUUUGGCCAGUUUGGAUGACGACUUUCUGUUGCGUCACUACGAUCGUGGGCCAUGCAAGAACAAACUUGGACAUUCCCGUGCCUCGGUGGUGUGGCAUAGAGCGCAAGUGAUUGGUAUUUUUGCCGGUUUCGGUAUAUUGUUGUUGGUUGCCUCACCGCUACUGCUAUUGGCAGCACCCUGUAUUAUAUGUUGUAAAUGCCGCAGUUGUAGCGGUGCAAGAAUCGAUGAAGGCGAUGCCGAAUUGGACGAAGCGACAGCGUUACAGAGUCUUUAGAAGGCGCCAACGAAACGUAAACCAGAAUUUGGACCAAAAAUUUGAAGCAUUUUUAAAAGAAAACGAACAAAAAUACAGAAAAGUGUAUUGAUGCGAAAAAUAUAAAGUAAAAAGCGUA